GUUUAGUUCAUUGACACCAUACCUUCUCCUUGUCCCUCUCCCUCUGUGCAAGCCACCAUGCUCUUCUUCCUCACUCAUCUCCUAGCAGCUGCAGGGGUUCUGUUGCUCCUACUAAUCCUAUGGCGGGCAAGAUCUUCCCCGAACAAACCCGAAGGUGCCGCCGCCGCCGCCGCCGCCGCCGCCGCCUUGCCCCCGGAGCUACCGGGCGCAUGGCCCGUCAUAGGCCACCUCCACUUGCUCUGUGACCAGAUCCCGCUGGCCAGGACCCUGGCCGCCAUGGCCGACGCGCAGGGCCCGAUGUUCCGGAUCCGGCUCGGUGUCCACCCGACGACCGUCAUAAGCAGCCGCGAGGCGGUCCGGGAGUGCUUCACCACCCACGACAGGGACCUCGCCUCCCGUCCCAAAUCCAAGGCGGGAAUCCACUUGGGCUACGGGUACGCAGCUUUCGGCUUCGUGGAAUACGGGGACUUUUGGCGCGAGAUGAGGAAGAUCACCAUGCUCGAGCUCCUAAGCACUCGAAGGCUUGACAACCUGAAGCACGUUCAAGCAUCAGAAAUCGACACCUUCAUCAAGGACCUGCACACCCUUUGCAGGGCCAACGCUGAGGACGCCCAAAAUGGGUCCUCCAAGGUCGUGGUCAUAAGCCAUAUGCUCGAGCUCCUGACCUUGAACAUCAUCAUCAGAAUGAUCGCAAGCAAGAGAUACUUCGGACUAUCAUCGGCAUCAACCGGGUCCUCCACCGACGGCGACGAUGAGGCAAGUCACCUGAGGAAAGUGAUCAAGGACUUCAUGUACAUAUCUGGGUUCCCUGCAGUUUCAGACUUGUUGCCCUUCACGGGAUGGACCGACUGCGUGGGGACCGUGAAGACCAUGAAGAGGGUGGCGAGAGAACUGGAUGAGAUCGUUGGGAAUUGGGUUGAAGAACACAAGCUGAAGAGAGGCGAUGAUUGGAGAGGAGGAGCGAUGGAUGUGAAGGAGGAUUUCAUAGACGUGAUGCUCUCUGUGAUUGGGGAGGAUGGUUUGGCCUCAUUUGGUCACUCGCCUGAGACACUCAUCAAGGCAACAGUAGUGAACAUUAUAGUGGCCGGAUCGGACACAACGUCUCUGAACUUGACAUGGGUCCUGUCUCUGUUGCUCAACAACAAACAUGCCUUGAAGAGAGCUCAAGAAGAGAUAGACCUCAAAGUGGGCAAGGACAAAUGGGUACAAGACUCCGACAUCGAGAGGUUGCCUUACCUCCAAGCCAUCGUCAAGGAAACCUUACGCCUAUAUCCACCAGGUCCCUUGUCGGUCCCGCAUGAAGCGAUAAAUGACUGCACUGUGACCGGCUAUCUCAUUCCGAAGGGUACUCGGAUAUUCGUCAACGUGUGGAAGCUGCACAGAGAUCCUCAAGUCUGGUCCGACCCGGAAAGAUUCUUACCCGAAAGGUUCUUGACGAAUCAUUUAGGUGUGGACGCUUCGGGUCAGCAUUUCGAGUUCAUUCCAUUCGGGUCGGGCAGAAGGUCAUGCCCGGGAGCUGCGUUCGCAUUGCGAGCGACCCACUUGACACUGGCUCGUCUUCUUCAAGGAUUCGACUUGGCAACACGGUCGGACGAACCGCUGGACAUGACCGAAGGCUUAGGGGUCAACCUGCCCAAGGCCACUCCUCUUGAAGUUGUUCUGACCCCAAGAUUGCCUUCCAAGCUCUAUGAGCAAUUGACGCAAAAUUAGAAACUAUUUUCGUCAAGAAGAGAGGAAAAAGGGUCCAUGUAUGUGAAUAAUCUCGUUUAAUAAAACAAUUACUCGUGGUGAAAAUAUGGAUUAGACGAGUGAACAACGAUUGUCUUAAUGUA